CUUGACAAUAUUCUGAAAUAAAGUUCUUGUUUUUAUUUGCAGAAACAUAUGAUUUUAACACAUAUCAGAAGCUGACUUGAAUUUGGAUUGGAUUGAUUUUAGUAUAAAUAUUAUUAAUAAUUAAUGCUAGUGACAUAAGUAUAUAGACAAGUACAAAGAAUGGACUCUUCAACAAAUUAAUCUUAUUGACAUUAGUAGCCAGAUAAUGUCUAGGAACGAGCUCCUGGGGUUGACCAAGACCACCAACAAGGAGCACUCAGCCAAAGCAAUGGAUUCCAGCACCUCAACCAGUGGCGAGAUGCACCAGAGCUUCAAGGAGAUGCUGGAGAAGUUGGCCUCAUCUGCCUCUGGCACGAGUCUUGCUCGCUUGGAUGUUAUGGCUUCUAUGCCUCCCAAGCCCACUAAUUUUGUGGCUAAUCCUCUGCUUAUGAAGAAGCACAAUGCAUUUGUGGAGAUAACCGAGCAACCUAGCGACUGCGGGCUCGAGAAGCUGGCUGAUGGCACUGAGGGUUCAGGCACCAUAAAAGGCCUCAACAGCACACUUUCUCACACCACCUGCCCUGCUAUAAGAAUAAUGGAGUACUACGGUCCCGCUAUUGUGUUGGUGUCGUGCGUGAGUGCUGACGGACCACCUCACUACCCGCACCCUCUGGAGCUGCGCCACGAGCAGGGCAAGGAGCCUCAUGGCGUCUACGUCAAGACGGUCGCGCUCGACAUGACGUGCAAGUUUACUGAUUUGUCUCUGGAUUAUGUGGUGCCGUCCUGCCAUCGUGAGGCGCUUCACAAGAGAGAACAACUUCAAAUAGAUCCAUUUCGAACUGGGUUUAAGAAGACAGAGAACAUUGAUGGACCUGCGUUCCGUUUGUGCUUCCAAGUUUUCCUGGAAGGUUCCAGCAGGGGCCAGUUUACGUUCCCUCUUCCCCCGGUGGUGUCGCGGCCUCUCCAUAUUCCAGUCAGUGGCUGCAACACCAAAACGGACACAAGCACCGCCAUGACGGGAGGGCGUGCAGACUCGCUACAUCACAACACCGAGACUGCAGAAAUGAAGGCUGAGUGCGUGAAGUCGAGCACCGCCACAAUGAAGCUCAGUGGUGAAGCUGCACCUGGUGGUGCACCGUGCCUGGAAUUGUCACAUAAAAAUUCCGAAGAGUCCUGUAAAGCGUCUGAAAAACGGGCAAAAUCCACAUGGCGUUUCCAAAGAACAACCUUCAUUUCCAACAAUCUCCUUGUAUGA